AUGAGCAACAAGGGUGUGAAACGCGCUUCCCCCGGGGCGUCGGGCGAGAAGAACCCGCUCGGCGAUGUUGAAAUUGGUGAUGAGGAGGCCCAGAAGCUGCAGGGGAUACAGAAGGAACUUGCGCGCACCGAGCUCGUUUUGGAGCGACGUGCGCAGACCCAGCUACUGCCUGUCUAUGAAAAACGUCGUCCGAUCCUGAAGGGCAUUCCCAAGUUCUGGGCGAUGGCUCUUAUGAACCACGGGAUGUUUGCGCUCCAUGCGCAGCACAACUCGGACCAAGUUGCGCUCACCUACCUUGAGGAGGUCUGGUUGACGCGGGACCAGAAGGAGUCUAGGUGCUUCACGCUUGAAUUCCACUUCAAAGAGAACCCGUAUUUCUCCAACUCGGUACUCAUAAAAGAAUACCGUUACAUUCCGCCGCCUGCUGCCGAUACUCAGACAGCUGACGCAGAUGGCGUUGCUCCGUACAUGCUGGAGUUUUCGUGGGAACGAGACGUUGUUCCUCAGUCUAUCAAGAUCGACUGGAAAGAGGACUCAAAGAACCUUACCAAGCUGCACCCGCGCGUGAUGGAUGACGACGGGGACGACAUGCCCGCUGAGGGAGGCAGCUUCUUCAACUUCUUCGAGCACGCCGAUGACCCGUUCGAUGUGGGUGUGCUUAUCGCGAACGAUAUUUUCCCAGAGGCCAUCGACUACUUCCUGGGCACUGCCGGUGGGGAUGAUAUUGACUCUGAUGAGGAUGAAGACAGCGAGGACGACGAGAACGAGGAGGAGAUUGACCUGGAGAAGCCGCGGCCGAAAAAACAGAAGAAGGCAUGA